AACAGAUCUGUAGUGCCUAUCGUCCAGAUGUCACCACACAAAAUUUCUGAGAAAAAAAACCCUCUCGUUUUGAUUGAUUGAUAGAUAGAUCCGGAAGGUUUGCCAACAAAAAGAAGUGACAGAUCCGGUAGAAAUCGGAAGGAAAGGAUAAGGGUUUGGAUGGUUGACCUAACUUACUACAACUACAGAUUCAGAUCUUGAAAGAACACAAGGACGACGAUGCUAUCGAAUCUUCCAAGGGAUUUGGCGGAGGAUGUGCUCUCUAGGCUUCCGGUGACAUCUCUGAGAGGAGUGCGAUCCACAUGCAAAAAGUGGAACCGUUUAUCCACAAAUCGGAGCUUUAUAAUGAAGCACAUCGGUAAAGCAAAUGCAGCAGCAAAGAAUUAUCACAGGAAAGAGUUUCAGGUGGUCAUGAUGAUCCAAUAUAGGGUUUGUUUAUUCAGCGUCAAUCUCCUCAACCCAUCUAUAGACUGUAUUGGUAAACUUGUUAGCCUAGACGACGUUGCAGAUCGUGUAGAGAUAUCUAAAAUCUUUCACUGCGACGGUCUACUGUUAUGCAUCACCAGAGACAGCUCUAGUCUUGUUGUUUGGAACCCUUGUUCGGGGCAAACCAGCUGGAUCAAACCCAUGAAUUCUUACCACAAAUUGGACCGGUACGCUCUGGGACACGAGAAGAAGGACAAGUACUCGCUUCGUAGCUACAAAGUCUUGAGAUUUCUUGACGAUUACGUCUCUAGGGUGAAGGGCCUACUUCGUGAGUUUGAAAUCUAUGAUUUAAACUCUGAUUCAUGGAAGGUUGUUGAUGUCAAUCCCGACUGGGAUAUACAGUAUCAUCAGCGUGGUGUGUCUCUCAUGGGGAAUACGUACUGGUUUGCUCACGAAAAGCUUCCACCUGCAGUACAGGGACAAGUACGAGUGAUAUCAGACAUUCCUGAUUUCUUACUAUGUUUUGAUUUUACAACUGAGAGUUUCGGACCGCGUCUGUCUCUGCCUUUUCACGCUUUUUAUGGAGAUACUGUGACUCUAUCUAGUGUCAGAGAAGAGCAUCUUGCGGUGUUAUUUCAACAAUGUGGUGGGUAUACCGUGAAGAUAUGGAUUAGUAGCAAAAUUGAACCCAAUGCAGUGUCGUGGAACAAGUUGUUCUUAGCGGUUGAUAUGAAACCCCUCACCGGUUUGGGUUUUCAGUUUCUGGUUAUAGGUGGGAGUUUCUUUGUUGAUGAGAAGAAGAAGGUCGCAGUGGUUCUUGAUAAAGACAGAGGUUGCAGAGGUAAAUCUCGCCCCACCCGCAACAUAGCUUAUAUCAUUGGAAAGAAGGGAUACUUCAAACAAGUGGAUCUUGGCGAGUCUAUAGACGCUGGUUGUUGGCCACUUGUGUGCUCUUAUGUCCCUAGCUCAGUGCAAAUCAAGCAAGCUGCACCACCCUAAUCUAUCAGCUUGUACUUGUCGUUUAUUUGCUCUUAUGGCCUCUGUUCUCGUUACUCUGUUCAUCCUAUUUUAUCCAAGUUACUGCGUAUCAAAAUACCCCUUAAACUAAAAGAAAGGGAUCUCUGCUCUUUUAAACCUUCUUUUAGCUCUUAUAUUUAUUACUGAUCUGAUCUGUCAUGUAAACAAAUUACAAAUCCUAAGAAAGUUAUGCUACAAAUUUAAAUUA